AUGAAGGAGUACUCUGCUAAACUUUUGGAAAUUGUAAAUAAAAUAAGAUUAUUUGGUGAAAUUUUUCCAGAUUCAAAGAUGGUGGAGAAGAUGAUGAUAAGCUUACCAGCAAGAACAAGUAUAAGAGAUGAAGAAGUAGAAGAAGUGGCAUUUCAAGCAAAGCAUAAAGACAAGCAACCUGUGAAGGACAACAGGAGGAUGGAAGGAGAUAAAACAGCAAAGAGAAAGCCAUGGACUGAAUCUUCACAGAAAGCAAAGUUUCUACCGUGUGUCCACUGUAAAAGAACCAAUCAUCAAGAAAAGGAUUGUUGGUUCAAAGGAAAGCCUUCAAUUCAGUGCAGAUUUUGCAGAAAAAUGGGUCAUAUUGAAAAGAAUUGCAGGGCCAAGCAGAAUCAACCACAACAACGCCAUGUUCAACAGGCAAACUUCAUUGAAGAGUCAGAAAAGGAAGAAAGCUUGUUUAUGGCUACUCAUGAAGAAAGCACAACCAACCAAUCCAAAUGGUUCCUGGACAGUGGGUGCAUAAGUCAUAUGUCAUAUAAUGAGCUCAUGUUUCACACACUUGACAAGUCACUUAAAGCUAAAGUUAGGAUGGGAAAUGGUGCAACAUUAGAAGCACAUGGAAAGGUUUCAGUUUUCUUUCAAACUAACCAAGGUACAAAGCUUAUACAUGAUGUAUUGUAUGUUCCAUCUUUAGCAUGUAACCUGUUGAGUGUUGGUCAAAUGAUGUCUAAAGAUUACUCCUUACUUUUAAGGGAAAACAUUGUUUGA